ACCACCUCAGAGUCCAGCACAACCACCUCAGAGUCCAGCACAACCAGCCCAGAGUCCAGCACAACCACCACAGAGUCCAGCACAACCACUGCAGAGUCCAGCACAACCGCCACAGAGUCCAGCACAACCACCUCAGAUUCCAGCACAACCACCCCAGAGUCCAGCACAACCAGCCCAGAGUCCAGCACAAUGACCCCAGAUUCCAGCACAACCACCUCAGAGUCCAGCACAACCACCUCAGAGUCCAGCACAACCAGCCCAGAGUCCAGCACAAUGACCCCAGAGUCCAGCACAACCUCCACAGAGUCCAGCACAACCACUGCAGAGUCCAGCACAACCACCCCAGUGUCCAGCACAUCAACCUCAGAGUCCAGCACAACCACUCCAGAGUCCAGCACAACCACCCCAGAGUCCAGCACAACCACUGCAGCAUCCAGUACAACGACCCCAGAUUCCAGCACAAUGGCCCCAGAGACCAGCACAACUACCGCAGAGACCAGCACAACGACCCCAGAGUCCAGCAUGUCAACAUCAGAGUCCAGCACAACUACCGUAGUGUCCAGCACAACGACCCCAGAGUCCAGCACAACCACCCCAGAGUCCAGCACAACCUCCUCAGAGUCCAGCACAACCACCUCAGAAUCCAGCACAACCACCUCAGAGUCCAGCACAACUACCCCAGAGUCCAGCACAACUACCCCAGAGUCCAGCACAACCACCCCAGAAUCCAGCACAACCACCCCAGAGUCCAGCACAACUACCCCAGAGUCCAGCACAACUACCCCAGAAUCCAGCACAACCACCCCAGAGUCCAGCACAACUACCCCAGAGUCCAGCACAACCACCCCAGAGUCCAGCACAACCUCCUCAGAGUCCAGCACAACCACCUCAGAGUCCAGCACAACCACCCCAGAGUCCAGCACAACCACCGCAGAGUCCAGCACAACCACCCCAGAGUCCAGCACAACCACCCCAGAGUCCAGCACAACCACCGCAGAGUCCAGCACAACCACCACAGACACAACCUCCCCAGAGUCCAGUAGAACCACCUCAGAGUCCAGCACAACAACCACAGAGUCCAGCACAUCAACCCCAGAGUCCAGCACAACCACCCCAGAGUCCAGUACAACCACCUCAGAGUCCAGCACAACCACCUCAGAGUCCAGCACAACCAGCCCAGAGUCCAGCACAACUACCCCAGAUUCCAGCACAACCACCCCUGAGUCCAGCACAACGACCCCAGAGCCCAGCACAACCACCUCAGAGUCCAGCACAACGGCCCCAGAGUCCAGCACAACCACCCCAGAGUCCAGCACAACCACCUCAGAGUCCAGCACAACCACCUCAGAGUCCAGCACAACCAGCCCAGAGUCCAGCACAAUGACCCCAGAUUCCAGCACAAUGACCCCAGAUUCCAGCACAACGGCCCGAGAGACCAGCACAACUACCGCAGAGACCAGCACAACGACCCCAGAGUCCAGUAUGUCGACAUCAGAGUCCAGCACAACUACCGCAGAGUCCAGCACAACGACCCCAGAGUCCAGCACAACCACCCCAGAGUCCAGCACAACCACCCCAGAGUCCAGCACAACUAUCCCAGAGUCCAGCACAACCACCUCAGAAUCCAGCACAACCAUCGCAGAGUCCAGCACAACUACCCCAGAGUCCAGCAGAACCACCCCAGAGUCCAGCACAACCUCCCCAGAGUCCAGCACAACCACCACAGAGUCCAGCAUGUCGACCACAGAGUCCAGCGCAACCUCCCCAGAGUCCAGCAGAACCACCCCAGAGUCCAGCACAACAACCACAGAGUCCAGCACAUCAACCCCAGAGUCCAGCACAACCACCCCAGAGUCCAGCACAACCACCCCAGAGUCCAGCACAACCACCUCAGAGUCCAGCAUGUCAACAUCAGAGUCCAGCACAACUACCGUAGUGUCCAGCACAACGACCCCAGAGUCCAGCACAACCACCCCAGAGUCCAGCACAACCUCCUCAGAGUCCAGCACAACCACCUCAGAAUCCAGCACAACCACCUCAGAGUCCAGCACAACUACCCCAGAGUCCAGCACAACUACCCCAGAGUCCAGCACAACCACCCCAGAAUCCAGCACAACCACCCCAGAGUCCAGCACAACUACCCCAGAGUCCAGCACAACUACCCCAGAAUCCAGCACAACCACCCCAGAGUCCAGCACAACUACCCCAGAGUCCAGCACAACCACCCCAGAGUCCAGCACAACCUCUUCAGAGUCCAGCACAACCACCUCAGAGUCCAGCACAACCACCCCAGAGUCCAGCACAACCACCGCAGAGUCCAGCACAACCACCCCAGAGUCCAGCACAACCACCCCAGAGUCCAGCACAACCACCGCAGAGUCCAGCACAACCACCACAGAGUCCAGCAUGUCGACCACAGAGUCCAGCGCAACGACCGCAGAGUCCAGCACAACCUCCCCAGACACAACCACCCCAGAGUCCAGUACAACCACCUCAGAGUCCAGCACAACCACCUCAGAGUCCAGCACAACCAGCCCAGAGUCCAGCACAACUACCCCAGAUUCCAGCACAACCACCCCUGAAUUCCAGCACAACGGCCCGAGAGACCAGCACAACUACCGCAGAGACCAGCACAACGACCCCAGAGUCCAGUAUGUCGACAUCAGAACCACCUCAGAGUCCAGCACAACGACCGCAGCGUCCAGCACAACCACUUCAGAGUCCAGCACAACCACCCCAGAGACCACAGAGUCCAGCACAACCACUGCAGAGUCCAGCACAACCACCUCAGAGUCCAGCACAACAACCCCAGAUUCCAGCACAACCACCCCAGAGUCCAGCACAUCAACCCCAGAGUCCAGCACAACCACCCCAGAGUCCAGCACAACAACCACAGAGUCCAGCACAUCGAUCCCAGAGUCCAGCACCACCACCUCAGAGUCCAGCACAACAACCCCAGAUUCCAGCACAACCACCACAGAGUCCAGCACAACAACCCCAGAUUCCAGCACAACGACCCCAGUGUCCAGCAUAACCACCUCAGAGUCCAGCACAACCACCACAGAGUCCAGCAUAACGACCCCAAAGUCCAGCACAACCACCCCAGAGUCCAGCACAACCACCCCAGCGUCCAGCACAACCACCCCAGAGUCCAGCAAAACCACACCAGAGUCCAGCACAACCACCUCAGAGUCCAGCACAACCACCCCAGAGUCCAGCACAACCACCUCAGAGACCAGCACAACCACUCCAGAGUCCAGCACAACAACCCCAGAUUCCAGCACAACCACCACAGAGUCCAGCACAACAACCCCAGAUUCCAGCACAACCACCCCAGAGUCCAGCACAUCAACCCCAGAGUCCAGCACAACCACCCCAGAGUCCAGCACAACAACCACAAAGUCCAGCACAUCGAUCCCAGAGUCCAGCACAACCACCUCAGAGUCCAGCACAACAACCCCAGAUUCCAGCACAACCACCACAGAGUCCAGUACAACAACCCCAGAUUCCAGCACAACGACCCCAGAUUCCAGCACAAUGACCCCAGAGUCCAGCACAACCACCUCAGAGUCCAGCACAACGACCGCAGCGUCCAGCACAACCACUUCAGAGUCCAGCACAAGCACUCCAGAGUCCAGCACAACCACCCCAGAGUCCAGCACAACCACCUCAGAGUCCAGCACAACCACCUCAGAGUCCAGCACAACCACCCCAGAGUCCAGCACAACGACCCCAGAGUCUAGCACAUCGACACCAGAGUCCAGCACAACCACCGCAGAGUCCAGCACAACGACCCCAGAUUCCAGCACAACCACCUCAGAGUCCAGCACAACCACCCCAGAGUCUAGCACAACCACCCCAGAGUCCAGCACAACGUCCCCAGAGUCCAGCACAACGACCCCAGAUUCCAGCACAACCACCCCAGAGUCCAGCACAACCACCCCAGAGUCUAGCACAACCACCUCAGAGUCCAGCACAACGACCCCAGAGUCCAGCACAACCACUUCAGAGUCCAGCACAACCUCCUCAGAGUCCAGCACAACCACCCCAGAGUCCAGCACAACCACCCCAGCGUCCAGCACAACCACCACAGAGUCCAGCACAACCAUCGCAGAGUCCAGCACAUCCACCCCAGUGUCCAGCACAACUACCCCAGAGUCCUGCACAACCACCCCAGAGUCCAGCACAUCCACUGCAGAGUCCAGCACGUCGACCCCAGAGUCCAGCACAACAACCCCUGAUUCCAGCACAACCACCCCAGAGUCCAGCACAACCACCUCAGAAUCCAGCACAAUCACCCCAGAGUCCAGCACAACCACCCCAGUGUCCAGCACAUCUACCCCAGACACCAGCACAACCACCUCAGAGUCCAGCACAUCAACCCCAGAGUCCAGCACAUCCACCUCAGAGUCCAGCACAACCACUGCAGAAUCCAGCACAACCACCCCAGCGUCCAGCACAACCACCACAGAGUCCAGCACAACCACUGCAGAGUCCAGCACAACAACCCCAGAUUCCAGCACAACCACCCCAGAGUCCAGCACAUCAACCCCAGAGUCCAGCACAACCACCCCAGAGUCCAGCACAACAACCACAGAGUCCAGCACAUCGAUCCCAGAGUCCAGCACAACCACCUCAGAGUCCAGCACAACAACCCCAGAUUCCAGCACAACCACCACAGAGUCCAGUACAACAACCCCAGAUUCCAGCACAACGACCCCAGUGUCCAGCAUAACCACCUCAGAGUCCAGCACAACCACCACAGAGUCCAGCAUAACGACCCCAAAGUCCAGCACAACCACCCCAGAGUCCAGCACAACCACCCCAGCGUCCAGCACAACCACCCCAGAGUCCAGCACAACCACACCAGAGUCCAGCACAACCACCUCGGAGUCCAGCACAACCACCCCAGAGUCCAGCACAACCACCUCAGAGACCAGCACAACCACUCCAGAGUCCAGCACAACAACCCCAGAUUCCAGCACAACCACCACAGAGUUCAGCACAACAACCCCAGAUUCCAGCACAACGACCCCAGAGUCCAGCACAACCACCUCAGAGACCAGCACAACUACCCCAGAGUCCAGCACAACG